AUGUCAGACACCACAACCCAGCUUACCACAAGUCCGUCUCACGAGGCGUGCUCCAAGGCACGCACGAUCGAGGAUGUCCUACCCGAGAUUGUGGAAUUUGAGCAACGUGAUCCUGAUUGGGAGUUCCCUGCUUUGAAGAGUCUCAGCGCAUUGGCUUCAGUACGUCAGCCAGGACAGGAUAUUUUGGAUCUCUGGGAACAGGUCCGGGAUCUUUGGCAACGGGACAGGCGGCUCGAGAAGGAUCAACAUCCAGUUGUCGAGCAAGGCAUUCCUCAAACAGCCCCUGUACCGCGCCCCAGUGGUGCACGUUUAGGUCAGCGUCAGCAGUCUGCGUGGCUGAAGAAGAAUCCUUGA